AUGUCAGCAAACCCCAACGAUAUUACUGCUAAAUACACGUCUUUACAGCACGAACUUGAAGAGCAUGUUAUUGCUAGACAGAAACUAGAGACUCAGCUGCAAGAGAAUAAAAUAGUUCAAGAUGAGUUUGAAACUUUAAAAGAAGACUCACAAGUGUACAAACUCACUGGUAACGUCUUGCUGCCUGUAGAGCAAGACGAAGCCAAGAGUAAUGUACUCAAGAGGCUUGAAUUUAUAAACACUGAAAUCAAGAGAUGUGAGGACAACAUCAAAAGUAAACAAACUCAGCUAGAACAGCUUAGAUCGGAAAUUAUCAAGUUGCAAGCUAGUCAAAGUCCUCAAGCAUAA